AUGCCUGCGUACAACGUAAGGGACUCUAAUAUCGCACUUCUAGGCUCCGAUCUCGAAAGACGCGUCCGCGAACACGCUGGCGCCAAAGAAUCAGCUUGGGCGAAAGCUGGUGUCCAACCUGGUUUUCAAAUAUGGAGAGUAGAAAAGUUCGCGAUCGUCGAUUGUAGUGACUGGGUGGCACACGAGAAGAAAUAUGGGACUUUCUAUGAUGGCGAUUCGUACAUUGUCUUACAUACGUACCAGGAUGGCAAGGACUCACCGCUCCGAUACGAUCUGCAUUUCUGGCAAGGAGAACAUACGACUCUAGAUCAAGCUGCCACAGCUGCAUUUAAGGCUGCUGAGCUUGAAGAACACCUCGGAAGCAAAGUAACGCAAUACCGUGAAAUCCAAAACUAUGAAUCCCCUCGAUACUUAUCCUACUUCCCCCAUUUCAUGAUCUUACAUGGAGGCGUUUCGACAGGAUGGCAUAACAUCCUCACUAUGUUACCUGAAGAUGAAAAGAAGAUCUACACGAUGGUCACGACGCGUGACAAGGUACUCAAGACACGGUCAGAGGACGGGAAACAACUUAUAGUACGUGAAAUACCUCUCGAGGGGUUGGCUAUGCGCCAGGGGAUCGUCUACGUACUCGACAAAGGUCCCCUCUAUUGGCAAUACAAUACGAAGAAGAGUACUGCUUGGGCAAGGUACAAAGCAGCUGAAUAUAUGAUGUACUUGGGACAAUGGAGGGUUCCUCAAACUAAAUUUCAAGUGUUUGGCGAGUGCAUUCCUCGAAUAUAUUGUGAUUCCGUACGUAUUAAUGAUAACUGUGUAGAUGAGGGGACUCCGGAUGAAGGAGAGUUCCUUCAAGCAGCGGGAAUCACUUCCCCUGUGAUGGACAUACCGCUACCGCCUAACCAGGGGACACCGAUCGAUCCCCCGCUGUUAUACCGACUGAUCGGAGACGUCCAUGGCUGGCAGGUCGUCGCUGUCGCUGCACAGAAGACUUCACUUCAGUCUGAUGGUGUUUAUAUCUUGGACGACCAUGCAUUCCCAGCUGUUUACACCUGGCUAGGGAAGAACGUUCCAGAGCCCCGACGAAGACUUGCGCUGCAGUACGCUCAAAAUUACCUGAAUGACAAACUUGCCAAGGAGGGAGAGCACGUGCAAGUGGCAACUACUUUGGUGAAGGUUAACGAAGAUGUUGAGCCUGCUUCAUUCUUGGAUGCAUUUAAUCCGAGAACCAUCUGA